UCAGCGUAAUGGCAGCCGACUUGAUUUAGGUAAAUCACCAGUUGCUUAAAAAUUGGACUUGUUGCUUUCAUUUGUGUAAAAACUAUUCUAAGAAACUUGGAUUAAUAAGCUAUAUUUCUUUUCUGUGAAAUUGGAUUAUAGAUACAUGAACGAAAAGUUAAUUGGAUUAUUUAUAAAUCUUAUGAGUGUGUGAAAUUGGCCUUUCUUUGCCGAUGUCCUCGCGAGGUCUUCUUUCACCAGCAAAGUGUGUUAUUCGCAACUCAUUUAUCGGUCUUGUUUAUCUGGAUGCACAUUCCUGGGAAUAGAGAGCUCUCAUAUUAGAAGCUAGAUCCUCUAGGCCUAAUCCUUUAUUGAAAUAACAUCAAUUUAUGUCUACAUUAAUGUUAAAGAGCGCCCAUGACAACGUCCAGUCGAAUACCGUGUCCAGCGAGCGAGCCAGGAUGUAGCGGCUGUUGGAUUAAACCUCUAGAGACACUUACCUAAAUCAUGUGUUCCCUUUCACUGUUGGAUUAAACCUGAACAGACACUUACCUAAACCAUGUGUUCCCUUUCACUGUUGGAUUAAACCUGAACAGACACUUACCUAAAUCAUGUGUUCCCUUUCACUGACGGAACUAGCGUGGAGACUCUGUCCAUGACUGGGGAGAAACCUGUGGACGGAGUUGCCAGGAUGGAUAAAGAUCUAAAUGAUGACGACCCCAUCUCAGACGUUGUUGCCUGCAUCCAACAAAAGCUCGAGACAGGUCUGAAACAGGGCAACAAACAAGCCAGACGGGUGGCGAUCCAGCACCUCCACAAGACUAAAGAGCUCAAGGUCAAGUGUGAGUUUGGUGGCGAGAAGAGAAUGGUAACCGUCCCUAGACCAGUCAAGUACCCGGACCUGGUGAGAAAGCUGCAGGAACUGUUCAAGAUUUUGUUAAAUAUAUUUUAUACUCAGAGCAACGGAGAGAUGUACAUUCCCUUAAAAAAUCAGGCAGAACUCGACGCAGUCUUGCGGCUGUUAGACCAAAACGAGCACUCGACCAGCUUACGACUUUACCUCACCCCGGCUGUCGCGGGAACAGAGCCCUCCAGCACGCAGUCGCAUUCGACAGUAGCGCCUGUGCGGCAGUCCCCCAGUCCACCCCCAGGCUCACUGCCACACGUCUAUCACGGCAACAGCUCAUACGCCGCUGUGGAAGGGGAGGGGGCCUUUAUUCCUGAGCCAAGUCAUGCAGAUACUCACACGUUUCAUCACCACAGAGAAGGGUCCAUGUCAGAUUCUCUUUCAUCCAUAGAUAGCAGUUACAUCAGCGGACAUGAUUCCUAUGGCAGGCGGAGGGAUUCACACCGUAGUGCUCUUUCGGAGGGUCCAAAAGAUGAGGUGGAGUCGCGAGAUCGCAGCAAACGUUUUGGCACUUUCCCCAGGGGGUUUGACAAUCAGGAAACAAACACAGAAAUAAAUGGUCGUCAGACAUUUCCAAGGUCCAGAAGGCUGGACUACGAGUCCUCGUCCAUCAUGUCCCUCAUGUCUCACAGCUCCGAGGGCACCCUGGACUCACAGAGCUCAUCCAGCAGCGGCUUCCCAGCAGACGGGGACUGGGACUCCCCUGGGGGCAGAUAUUCCAUGAGUGGACCCAUGUUCUCUAAAUCCCCGCGAGCACCAACCAACUGGAGGAGGGGUAAGCUGCUGGGGUCAGGGGCAUUUGGUGAGGUCUACCUGUGUUGUGAUACUGACUCAUCCAUAGAGUUGGCUGUGAAGCAAGUACUCCUAGGGAACAUGAACGCUGAAGUUUCAAAAGAAGUCAGGGCUCUAGAAAACGAGCUUCAGCUGUUGAGAAACUUCCAGCAUGAGAGGAUAGUCCAGUACUACGGCUGUCAAGAGGAGAACAGGGUCCUCUCUAUAUUCAUGGAGUAUAUGGCUGGGGGAUCAGUGUUGGACCAUAUAAAACAGUACGGGCCUUUGACAGAGCGUGUGGCUAGUAAAUACACUAGGCAGAUGCUCCAAGGCCUAGCUUUCUUACAUAAAAAUGUCAUCGUCCAUAGAGACUUAAAAGCUGCGAAUGUACUUCGAGACACACAAGGCAAUGUGAAGCUGGGAGACUUUGGAGCAUCAAAACGUCUUCAGACCAUCACUAGCGCCACAGGCCUGAGGACUGCCAUAGGGACUCCACAUUGGAUGGCGCCUGAGGUUAUAAGUGGUGAUGGUUAUGGUCGUAAGGCUGAUGUUUGGAGCCUGGGCUGUACUGUCGUGGAAAUGUUGACGCUGAAACCACCCUAUGCAGACUACGAGCCAUUCGCAGCCAUGUUCCAGAUAGCCACCAACGCCACACCCAAGUACGAGCUUCCUGCAGGGACCAGUGUGCUGGUGAAGGACUUCCUUGCUUUAACAUUUCAGCGAACUCCCACUAAGAGGCCUUCAGCAGAGGAUUUAAUGGAUCAUAGAUUUGUGAAAGACUUGACUUAAUGAUGGUGUGUUUUCCCUAGGAUUUCUCAAAUUUGUGUACAAAAUUUUCACUAGUUUUGCCAAUUGGGAUUACUCCAGUGUGUUGGAUCCAUUGUUUCAAAGUUUGGAUUAUAAAGUUCUGUGCCUGGAAAUGUUUAUAUUACAAUAAUUUGACUACUGUGUUUCACUUUUAUGCCAAGGGUCGUUCCUGUUAUUGGAAGUUGUUGUAUACUUAAAACUGCAUAACAAACAUAAACAUGGUGCCAGUCAUGUGACUCGGGUCAUGUGACUUCAGGCUAUGCAGCUGAUUCAUUACUCAUUUAUUUUUUACCUGAACUGAAGCGACAUUUUGCCUUCAAUGAAAAAUUUAUUCAGUAUACAAAAUAGAAUUGCCAUAAUAUAUUUUUGUGUGAUGGAUCAUGUUUUGUGCACACUCAUGAAGGUUGGAUACUUACGGAUAAUAUUUCUAGUGGUUCUCUUAUUGUGGAUAACACUGGGAUUCUUGUCUCCAUAUUUUUUUAUAUCAGUGUGAGCUUUCAGAUGAAUGAAUGAUAAGAUCAUACCAACUGUAUGUAACAAGAUCAUCUGAAGGUGCAUCUGUAACAAGAUCAUCUGAAUGUACAUCUGUAACAAGAUCAUCUGAAUGUACGUCUGUAACAAGAGCAUCUGAAUGUACAUCUGUAACAAGAUCAUCUGAAGGUGCAUCUGUAACAAGAUCAUCUGAAUGUACAUCUGUAACAAGAUCAUCUGAAUGUACAUCUGUAACAAGAUCAUCUGAAUGUACACCUGUAACAAGAUCAUUCAUCACAUGAAUACAACUAUCCUGAUGGCUGAUUUCAUUGAGUGUUCAUUGAAUCAAACUUUCAUCUGUGUCUUCACCAGUGGUCCCUAUUUGACCAGCCUCCAACAAUGUUCUACCGCAUUGUUCACUCUUUGCCAUACACUUAUUUCUUUAAAAGGAUUGACAUAAUUUUGACCAAAAAAAAACUGCAUUAUUUAUGUUAGAAGCUUAGAUUCUAUGCACAUGUCAGCUCUCAGUGUGUGUGUCUGGUAUGUAGAAGGUGGGUGACUGAGGCAAUACAAAGAGAAGGUGGACUCAAAUCUACUUAAAACUAUUGGAACUCUUCUGUUUAUGUAGCUCUGCACAUUUUUAACUGUGUUACUAACGUGCAAUGUCUUUUUUUUUUAUAUAAAACUAUACUAAUCAACAUUCAAAUAAAUGAAACUAUUCAACAAAUA